UAAACAAUGGGUUUUCGUUUCACUGCCUAAAAUCUAGCUCAAGCGUCUUAUCGAGGAAGAACACACAAAUUUGUAACGGAAUAACAGCAGAUUAGGCCAUUUGUAGCGACGAGCAUCCGUUUUCCGACAAAGGGUUUAGAUUCAGUUGUCUGAUUUAUCCUUCUUCAGGAAAACGACGAAACCUUGUCGAGAUUUGCCGUUCUCAGACAUAAAGAUUUUCAGAUUUUAGAACAUUGUUUACGAUCAACUCUGGAUCUCGGACUCUGUAGGAACUCUGGAUCUAAAAACCCUCAGUAAAUAUGAAUGAAAUGGACCAGAAAAGUUGUACAAAAUCGACCAUUGUUUGUGAAAGUUCGAGUGGAUCUGUGCCUGAUGUGAAGGGUGAGACCAGUGACGCUGUCUCAAACCAUGUGUUGAGUGAAAAGCAAAAAGAGAAUGAUUCAAGAACGGGGGAAGAUGGUGUUGGAUGCAGUAACGUUUCACCUCAUACUGUUCACGAGGAAGUUGCAAAUAAUGUUACUCACGAGAGUGAUGCUUCAACAAAAGCAAAGGCCAAGGAGUUUCACGUGAUUGAUCUGAGUGGUGGAGGAGAAAGUGAUAAUGGGCAAAGAAUCUGCAGAAUCUGUCAUUUUGGUUCUGAUCAAACGCCGGAUAGAGUUUCCGGAAAGUCAGUAAGUAUAGACUUGAUUGAGAUUGGCUGCAAAUGCAAAAACGAACUCGGCCUUGCCCAUUUUCAUUGCGCUGAAGCUUGGUUCAAGCUAAAAGGAAACAGUGUAUGUGAGAUCUGCGGUUCUUCAGCGUUGAAUGUUCCAGUAAGGUUGACGGAGGAGGAGUGGAGCGAAAUAAGGGAUACUACAGUGGAUGAAGGAAGAAGACGUGGAAGUGGACGAUCUUGCUGCAUCUUCAUGGUCUUUCUGCUUGGUAUCAUUCUUCUUCAUUGGUUUUUCAAGAAGAUGAGUGUUUACUACCAAAGCAAAUUAAAUUAAUUUGUUGGUUAUUAAACAUAUCUGUUGGUAACUUGUACAUCCUAUUCUGACUCUAUAGACUCUAUGGUAACAGAAGGUAUAAUACAAGUUCUUUAGAUCAAACACUGAUUAAGAAUACAAGAGUUUUCUACUCUAACUAGUAGAAGAAAAUCAUUUUCUGAAAUAUGUUUUAUAGAUUCAGCCUU